GCGGGGGAGAUGCAUCUGGCUGGAGAGGGGCAGCCAGCAUCUCCUUCGUGGAGUGGUGGAAGGGGCAAGAGGAUGCAUGCCCUUAAAUUCGGGUUUCCCAUCUUUGGGUCCCCAGAUGUUGAUAGACAACAACCUCCAUCAUCCGCAGCCACAGUGGACUUCAGCCAUUGUGACUGGGGAUGUUGGGAGUUGUAGUCCACCCACAUCUCAAACCCAAGUUUGAGAACCCAUAGCCUAAAUUAGGGUUUCCCAGCCUUGGGUUGCCAGAGGUUGAUGGACUACAGUCCCUAUCAUCCACAGCUGCGAUCAAGCCAACUGAAAUCUGCAGGAUGGCUUUCAGUGCUCACCUGGAGAUUCUGUGCACAACUUGGAUUUGGGGAUGAGGCUGUCGCUCAGUGGGUGGAGCAUCUGCUUUGCGUGCAGAAGGUCCCAGCUUCAAUCCCUGGUGGCAUCUCCAGAUGUGGGUGCGCACCUGGGCGUUGAGCCUUUACUGAAGAAGAUCCCUCUCUGUCUUCUCCAGCUGGCUUUGCUUGAGGAUUGUUGUCUGGAAUGAUUGAUGUCUAGCAUCUUGGAGCAGAUGGGGCCCAGGUGCGAAUUAUUCCAGCUGUUCUUGGUGCUCUUCCUGCUGCCUGGAGAUUUAGCCUUUCAGGAAACAGAUGGAGGCUGGCUGACAAGCCAACACGCUGCCCUUAUGGAAGAAGACAUCUGCACGGUGGAAAGGAGAGAUGCAAGCUUGACUUAUUCCCAGUUCAUCGAACAGUAUGCUUUCUCAAGGCCAGUGAUCCUCCAGGGAGUCACGGACAACUCGGAGUUCCGGGAUCAGUGCACGAAGGACAAGUUGCUCGCUCGCUUUGGGGACCACCGGGUGCGCCUCAGCACCGCCAACACCUACUCCUACCACAAAGUUGACCUGCCCUUCCAGGAUUACGUCCACCAGCUGUUGGAACCUCAAGACUUGACAACAUUGGGAAGUGAAACACUGUACUUCUUCGGGGACAAUAACUUAACAGAGUGGGGCCCUCUCUUCCAGAAGUACCGACCACCUCCGUUCUGGAUCCCAGGAACCACUAGUGCAUACAGCUUUGGCAUUGCUGGCUCAGGUUCAGGGGUGCCUUUCCACUGGCACGGCCCAGGUUACUCGGAGGUGAUCUUUGGCAGGAAGCGCUGGUUUCUGUACCCUCCUGAGAAAACUCCAGAGUUCCACCCCAACAAGACUACUCUGUCCUGGCUUUUGGACACGUACCCAUCCCUUCCCCCCUGGGAGAGACCCGUAGAGUGCACCAUUCGCCCUGGAGAGGUCCUCUACUUCCCAGACCGCUGGUGGCAUGCCACCCUCAACCUGGAGACCAGCGUCUUCAUCUCCACAUUCCUGGGCUAGCAGAUCCUUCGGCAGAGACUCUUUGGAAUUUCCUGUUGUUCCGGCUGUACACAGAAACCACCAUGGCUUUCGACAACCACAGGUUCUCCCACUCUUGCACAGGACAAGGCUGGAGGGAGACUCUCGUCUGCUGGUGGACGUUGACUUGACCAACAAGGUACUGCUUUGAUCUCGAAGCAAGCCCGCCUACUUGAAGCCGUUUUCGGACAAACUGGCUACCCCUUAACUGAAGAGAUCUCAGUUAUGCACCUUUGCCCGAAGUCCAAACACAUCGGGAGGACCACGAAGACAGAACAGCCCCUGCUCAACUGAAGCUGUCCCAGCCCAGGCGUAGCUGGCCUGUUCCUAAGGUCAUACCCAGUGGUUUUUGACUUGCACUUCCUGGUUCGACUGAAUGGGGCCAUUUUGGAUGGUGGCCAAUACCAGACCUUCAGGGCUUGGACCAUAGAGAUGCAGGAGCAGAAUGUCUCUGCCGGCUGCAGUACAAAUGGCAACAUUCAAGUGGAUAAGUUCAGGGUUGAGUGAUGUUCUAGCCUGCCUUGGCUCUGUGGCACAAACUCUGUCCUCUUCUGACCACCGUCUUGCCUCAAUGAGGCCUGAAGAUUCAAUGCCAGUCCGUUUUCCUGUUCUCGGUUUCCAGUUUGGUAGGAGCAGUUUCCUUUGGUUGAUGGUCUCAGGGACAGAACCCAGCUUCUUGCUGUUCUCUUCAUAGGGCAUCUCCUUCAUCAAGGGCUUUUAAGAGAACCUGGUGCCCUAGAUGUGAAUGUGGGGACUGCAAAUCGAAGCAAGAGGCUAACUUGCUGGGAGUUGACGUGUUCAUCUCAUGCUUAUCCAUUUCCAGGAGGAAUUCAGAUCUCUUAAUUCUCCUCCACUGGACUUGCUCCCAGAGCUCAGAUGGAGAUUCUGCAGUGGAAACAGCCCUCAAAAAUAUGAGGGAGAGUGAAAAUGGGAGGAGAGAGACAGCAGGUUGUAGGGGCGAGGAGGUUGGUGGUCUUUGUCCCACUUGAUCCUUCUCACCAAGCUUCCAAGAUGCUUAUCUGGUGCAUAGUAUUUCCUGUAAGAGGGAUUCCCAGAUGUCGUUGACUACAACUCCCAGCAUCCCCAGCUGUAGUGGCCUUUGGCUGGCAAUUAUGGGAGUUGUAGUCAAUAACAGCUGGGAAUCCCUGUUAGAGGGCUGGUGUGGCACGGAAGAACACCACAGCAGAGAAGGAAAGGGGUCAAGGGUCCCCACAUGUGGAUCUCUAGAUGCUGUUGGGCUACAACUCCCAUAAUCCCUAGUAACAAUGGCUCAAGGCCAUUGGAGUGCUCUCACCCCUUCUUUAUCCUGACCUCCAAACCAUUAGGGUAACAUUUCAGUCCUUUUUUGCACCAAGCAAAGGGUUUGGGUCAGUUAGUAACAACAAACUGGUGUCCUCUCUCCAUGGACUGGAGGAUAUUCCUGCCCAUUUUCAUUUCCAUUCUUCGGACAACAACAUCAAUAAACUUUCGAGAAGUUUUUGUAUUUUAAACCUCUUAAAGCUUUGCAAACACCCUUGCAGAUGUGGCCCGCCAGUGUCUCAUCUCCAUUCCUAGUCCAUGAUUUUUUGUUUUUAUGUGUGUAACUGCAACAUACCCAUGCAAGUUGGGCCACUGUGGGCCUGUUGAUCAGGCUAAUAAAAGCACAUCCCAUGGAAACCUGAAAGCCUUAAAAGGCUAUUGCCCACUUCUCAUCCCUAGGGGGCCAGAGCGUGUCAAAAUUCACGAUGGGCAUUCACCCCCUCCGAUGGUACCGCCCGCCCCAGCUGCCUUCUGUACUAACACGGAGAAAUGUCGAUUGGAUGGAAGUUCCUCCUACCACCCUUUCCCUCCCUGCCAUGAACAGCUUCGCCUGCUAAACUUCUGCACCUCACUCUGUUCCUAGAGGCACAGGACCAGUGUAGGAAGUUGGCAACACUGGUCAUCUCUUUCCAGUUUCUCUUGUACAUUCCUCUCCCACCGAUCCAUCCGGUUCUCCCAUCCUGCCAUGAACCCCUGCCCUAUUUUGCAUCGCGUCAUUGAGAUUUAUACUCCCACUGCCAACUUCUGGCAGCACGAAGUGGAGCAAAGGCAGCGGGCAUGCUGCUUUAACUAGAACAUUUGCCAGUGGGGUGGAAGCCGUGUGUCCCCAUUCGAGAGCACACACCGGCAGGUGUGACAAUUGCAGCAAAUGAUUUGAGUGGCUUCCGUGACUGGAGUUCAGGUUCCGACUUGUUCAUCCUGGGGGGGGGGGGGAGGUGGAGCAGGAGAGAAAGAGCGCUAGAGGGACCAAUUCCCAAGAUGCUCUUCAGCAAGCUGGUUGCACUGAACUCUCGUUCCUUUCUUAUCCUCGUCUGAAACGGUUCGUUGUACCCCUGGACUUUUAUUUUUGCAUUAAAAUGGAUUUCAGAAA